CUUCAUCACUUCAUUCACCAGGCAGCCUCGUAUUUCAUUCAUUCUCUCUUUCCAUCCUUGCCUUGACUCCGCAACACAUUCGCUAUGAAGUCCACGAUCAUCUCCUUGACCACCAUUGGUCUGGUCGCCGCGGCCAACCCUCCGGCCUACGGUGGUGCUGUGACUACCACUGCUGCUGGUUAUGCUUCAGCUCCGGGACACUACGGUGGAAAGAGCAGCUCCAGCACUGACUCUGAGGGGACGACCUCUGCUGCCCCCGCCGGUUACCACGCUGCUCCAGGCUACCAUGCUGCUCCAGGUUACCACGCCGCCCCUGCCUACUAUGGUACCAAGGGCGGUGCUGUUGAGCACACUUCAGCUUCAUCUGAGGAGACCACUGCUCCCGUAUACACUCCCACCUCGGCUGCUGAGACUGCUGAGACCACUCCUGCUGCGUACACUUCGACUUCUGUCGAGCACACUGCACCAGCAUACCACGGUGCUCCAGGAUACAACACCGCGCCAGCAUACCACGGCGCCCCAGGCUACCACAAUGGCGCCUCCUCUUUGACUACUCCUGGUGGAUACAAGACUUCGCCGGCACCAUACUACGGCCACCGCCCCGUCAAGAGCAGCCGCAGUGAGGCCUCCUCGCCGCCUGCAUACGAGCAGCCGACGACUUCGACUUCAGUGACUACUCAUGAGCAAUAUGCAGUGACUACUUCCUCGACUGUCGAACACUCGACUCCGGCGGUUUACACGACUCCCACUGUUUACACGACCCCCACCGUGCACACCAACCCCAUCACGUACACCGCACCGGCACCAUACAAGCCGCACAGCAAGCCUCCUAAAUAUUCCGCUCCAGUAGAGCACACUACUCCAGUAGAGCACACUACUCCAGUAGAAUACACCACUUCAGCUGUGCACACUGUUCCCUCUCCAUACACUUCGCCCGAGGGUUACACGCCGCACAGCAAGCCUCCCAAGUACACCGCUCCCAAGCCGUACACCACCCCUGUUGAGCACACGACCACCACUCACGCUGGACCUGAGUCUCACAGCAAGCCUCCUCACUACACACCUAAGCCAUACACUACUCCCGCUGAGCACACUACCCCUGAAGGUUACAAGACUCACAGCAAGCCUGCCGGAUACACCGUCAUUACCCACGUCGCUUGCUCAUCCUGCAAACCUACUACUUACACUACUCCUGCCCCGUACAAGACUCACAGCAAGCCCAGCCAGUACCACGGAGGCAAACCCAGCAAGACUCACAGCAAGCCGCCUCAUCACAGCGUCUACACCACGACCUCCUGCAGCACUCAAGCUCCUCCCACCCACCCCGUCGAGUCAUACUGGACCACCAGCACGGUGAAGGCGACUCGCACCGUUAUCGAAGCACACCCGGGCACCACCACUCUCGUGGCAACCACCUACUACACCACCUACUGCCCCAAGCCGACCACUAUCACCCUACAUGGCCAAACCUACCCUGUCACCGAGCCGACCACUCUGACCAUCACCCAAUGCCCCGGCGGUUGCACCAAGCCCGCUACCACUGCGUCAGCCCCGAUUGUUGCAACUUCCGCCAUUGCACCUCCUCCCCCUCCGCCAGCCGACAUGCCCUCCGCUCCCGUCAGCCCUCCAGCUACCACCCCCAAGGCUCCCGUCAAACCACCGGCCACCUCUCCCGCCGCGCCCGCCCCGACCACUCCUUCGGCUCCCAUCACCCCCUAUCAACCCAUCCCUGCUAAGGGCAGCGCCGCGAAGAUGACCAUGGCCAUGGGCGGAUCUCUCUUCGCCGUAUUGGCCGCCAGCCUCCUUCUCUUGUAGAUAUGAGGACGGUUCGAAAGUCUCGAGCAUGAUAGCUUAUGAUGAAGCCUGUCUCUACCAUUAAUUCACCAACUGCUUGAUUCACAUCAUCUGUUGCUAACUCUUGCUGGCUGCUGGGAAGCUAGGGCGAUAGACAUAUACGCAGCAUACAUCGUCGACGAUGACCAAAUACGGUCGUGUGUUUGCUGGAAUGGGCAGUGCGAUUGUUUGAUAUUGGGUAUAGAUUGUUGUGCUUUUAUUUCUUGGUAAAUAGUAAUAGAUAGAAUUCUUCACACAAAAUUGCAAGACCAUCCUGAUUGGAUA